AUGGUUGAUAAUAUCAAAAUUCAAAGGUAUGUCGAGAAACAAGCGAGAAAAAAAUCUGUUACGAUUUCGAGUCCAAAUUAUCCAAAUUCAUUCAACGUUGGUGAUCAAUGUAUUUGGUUGCUUACAGCUCCACCUGGUGGAUUUGUAAAUUUUCAAUUUAUUGGACAAUUUCAAUUACAAUGUGAAGAUACGUGUGAUAAAUCUUAUGUAGAGGUGAAAACUGGAGCUGAUUUUCGAACUACUGGAUAUCGGUUUUGUUGCUCGAAAGCGCCACGCCGCGUAUUUCAAUCUGCUACAAACGAAAUGGUGAUAAUAUUUCGUGGUUUUGGUGAUACAGGAAAUGGCUUUAAAGCUAAAGUUUGGUCGAAUAUAGAUGAUGAGGCAGUUGAAACGAUGGCGCCAACAAAAAUGACUGUAAUUCCGGAAGAAGGACUGAAAACAAUUCCAACUGUUGAAACUGUGACAUUUACAACAACAACGGUAACAACAAUAACUGCUUCCGCAUACACAAGAAAAUUACGUAAGGAAGAAGGGAAUAUCGUCACCACAAGCGCUGCCACCACUACCAUCCCGACAUUUACCAUUGCUUCAGCCACUGCUAAUACGGUAUCAUUCCCGGCAACUACGCCUGUAGUAAUUGGAAGUGUUACUGAAGAUUAUAAUCAGCAUCGUACACUACCAUCACUUUCAGUCGGAAUUCGAAAUUCUUGCGAAUGUGGUGAGUGGACAGAAUGGACCGGUUCAUGCACUCAAGAAUGUGGCGGUUGUGGAAAGCGUCUUCGAACACGUCAAUGUUCGUCAAACGUGGAGUGCAGAACGGAAGAAAAACGUGCAUGUGCUUUUAAUGUUUGCCCAUAUGGAACUAAUUUCCUUAUCAACAAUGGGGAAUUUCACAUACUUUGGAAGGGCUGCUGCGUUGGUCUGAUCCGAUCAGGAGAUAGGUGCUCGGCACUUGAUGAUGGCGAGAAUCCAUUUUUGAAGUUUCUGGAAACAUUGUUAAACAUGCAAGAUGUGCAAAAGAACAAAAAUUUGACCGAUUAG